UUGGUGGAAAAAUAGAGAUUUAAGGGGGAGUGGAGAGAGCAGCAGAGGCAGAGGCAGCAGCAGCAGCAGCAGCAAGAGGAGGGUUGAAUAGUAAACAUGUCACUUCCAAAGGGGCCACCAUGUGAAAUUUUGUGAAUUCUCUCUUCUUCUCUCUUCUUCUAUCUACAUCUCUCUCUCUCUCUCUCAUUUUUUUCCUUGGGUGAGAGAGUGAGUGAGCGAGAGUCUCAUUCAUAUUCAUUCAUCCAUCCAUACUUUUUUACGUCCCAUCACCAAACGCUCCUCCUCUCUCUCUCUCUCUCUCUCCUAAAACCCUCCCCCUUUCUCACUCACCCAAGAGGAAGAAAAAAAAAAAAAAAAAAAAAAAACCCAAGAGGCGAUCGAGAACCUUUCCCGUGAAAAGGAUCCACAGUACUAACAUCCCCCUCCUCUGAAACCUCACCAUCUCCAAAUAUUCAACCCUCACAUGGAGGAAGGGAGAGAGAGAGACAGAAAUAACCCACAAUUCAAAGCCUCAGCUUAGGGACCAGAAAGAGAAAAAAAAAACCCAUAUAUAUUAUAUACCCAGUUGAAAAUAUUUUAGCUUAAGUGCCAAAACAAAGAGACAAUGGAUUCAGCUUCAGGGGGAACCGGACCACCCGACCCGAAUACCAGCGGAGGAGAGGGCCCAUCAUCGGCAGCAACCGGGUCGAUAGCCGCGGCUGCUGGUGGUGCCGUUGUUCCAGCAGCAGCAGCCGAGGCCUCAUCGUCUCCAGCCCCGCCGAGCCGCUACGAGUCGCAGAAGCGGCGGGACUGGAACACCUUCCUGCAGUACCUCAAGAACCACAAGCCGCCGCUGACGCUGGCACGGUGCAGUGGGGCCCACGUGAUCGAGUUCCUCAAGUACCUCGACCAGUUCGGGAAGACCAAGGUCCACGCCGCCGGCUGCCCCUACUUCGGGCACCCCAACCCCCCUGCCCCGUGCGCCUGCCCGCUCAAGCAGGCCUGGGGCAGCCUCGACGCGCUCAUCGGACGACUCAGAGCCGCCUACGAGGAGAACGGUGGACGGCCCGAGUCGAAUCCGUUCGGGGCUCGGGCCGUCAGGAUUUACUUGAGGGAGGUGAGAGAAGGUCAGGCCAAGGCUAGGGGGAUCCCGUACGAGAAAAAGAAACGGAAACGGCCGACCGUUACGGCCACCGCGGUUGUCGGGAAUGUGUCGGCGGGUCCCUCUCAAGGAGGAGGUGAUGGCGAUGUCGGUGGUGGUGAUGGCGGCGGUGGUUCAAGUACCACUGCUGCUGAUGCUGCUACUACUAGUACGGCAGUAUAGGAGGUUCUCUCAUCACCAAUUUUCACCCUUCACCCCUCUUUUUUCUUUUUUAAUUUUUAAUUUUUUAUCUUUUAUAAUUAUAUCUUCUCUCUGUUUUUAAUUGUGAUUAUGAGGUAUGUAUAUCAGGCGAUUCUCUUAUAUAAUUGAAUCGACCAACCCAUGAACAAAUUUUUUAGAAAUUUCCCACCAUCUCGUGCUAGUUAAUUUCCAACUUAAUAUCAUAUGGAUCAUCAUCUUUACUCAUUUUA